AUGGCGUCUGGAUCUCGUUUCAGUUUCUCAAGUGGAUCCCCCAGGGUUCGCCAUAUUAGCCAAGCCAGCAAUGAUCUUGACAGUGAGAUUGGGAGUGCUGAUUUUGCUACCUACACUGUCCACAUACCCCCUACACCUGACAACCAGCCCACCGGAAUUUCGAUGCAGCGGUCGACUUCUCAGAGGUUGGAGGACCAAUAUGCAUCGAGUUCUUUGUUUACAGGUGGCUAUAAUUGUGUUACACGAGCCCAGUUGAAGGAAAAGGUGAUUGAGUCCGAAACUAGCCAUCCACAGAUGACCGGAGCACAAGGGUCGUAUUGUGCUGUGGAGGGUUGUGAUGCAAAGGUUGUGACUGAUGAGAGGGGGUUAGAUAUAGUUCCCUGUGAAUGCAAUUACAAGAUUUGUAUGGAUUGUUAUAGAGAUGCUAUAGCAAGUGGUGAGAGUAUUUGUCCUGGCUGCAAACAACCGUAUAAGGAGCAGCAGAUGGACAUGACCGAGUAUGCUUUGGCGAAUCAGCAGCCUCUGUCUCUGCCAUCUACAGCUGGGAUGUCAAAGAUGGAGAGGAGGUUAUCGUUGAUGAAAUCAAAAUCUCCAAAGUCAACAGCAUUGAUGGAGAGUCAGACUAAUGACUUUGAUCAUAACCAAUGGUUGUUUGAGACAAAGGGGAGUUAUGGCUAUGGAAAUGCUAUGUGGCCAAAAGAUACUGCCAAUGGAAGUGAUGAUGGAAUUAGUGGUGAUCCUAAUGUGUUUCAACAUAAGCAAUGGAAGCCACUUACGCGCACGUUGAAUAUCUCUGCUGCAAUUCUCAGUCCAUAUCGGCUCCUAGUACUUGUUCGAAUGGUGGUCCUUGGAUUAUUUUUGCAAUGGAGAGUCAGAAACCCUAAUGACGAUGCACUCUGCCCCAUCAAUCGCAUUGCUGAUGUUGAUGUUUUGAAGGAGAAAUUUGAAACACCGAGUCCCAACAAUCCUACUGGAAAAUCUGAUCUCCCAGGCAUAGAUAUUUUUGUAUCUACAGCAGAUCCAGAGAAAGAACCACCUCUUGUCACUGCAAACACCAUUCUAUCGAUUCUUGCAGCUGACUACCCUGUUGAGAAGCUUUCUUGUUAUGUUUCUGAUGAUGGAGGUGCACUUUUGACCUUUGAGGCCAUGGCAGAAGCUGCAAGUUUUGCCAACUUGUGGGUCCCUUUCUGCCGGAAGCAUGAUAUUGAGCCAAGGAAUCCAGAAUCUUACUUCAAUCUGAAGAGAGACCCUUAUAAGAAUAAAGUGCGCUCAGAUUUUGUCAGGGAUCGCAGGCAGGUAAAGCGUGAGUAUGAUGAAUUUAAGGUAAGGAUUAAUAGUCUUCCUGAUUCAAUCCGGAGACGUUCCGAUGCCUUUAAUGCUAGAGAGGAGAUCAAGGCUAUGAAAAAGCAGAGAGAGAAUUCAAAUGACGAACCAGUGGAGAAUUUAAAGCUCCCAAAAGCUACUUGGAUGGCUGAUACAACCCACUGGCCUGGCACUUGGACAGUUUCUGCGCCUGAGCAUUCUAGGGGCGAUCAUGCCAGUAUCAUGCAGGUGAUGGUGAAACCUCCUAGUGAUCAGCCACUAAAUGGCACAGCAGUGGAUUCAAAUUCCAUGAAUCUAAGUGAGGUUGACAUUCGUCUUCCCAUGCUAGUUUAUGUUUCUCGUGAAAAGCGGCCUGGCUAUGAUCACAACAAGAAAGCUGGUGCCAUGAAUGCACUGGUUCGUGCCUCAGCGGUCAUGUCCAAUGGCCCCUUCAUUCUCAACCUUGACUGUGAUCACUACAUCUACUACUCCCAGGCAUUGAGAGAAGGCAUGUGCUUCAUGAUGGACCAUGGUGGGGAACGCAUUUGUUACGUGCAGUUUCCACAGAGGUUUGAAGGAAUUGACCCAUCUGAUCGCUAUGCAAACCAUAACACUGUUUUCUUUGAUGUCAACAUGCGAGCCCUUGAUGGGAUUCAGGGUCCAGUAUAUGUAGGAACAGGAUGCCUCUUUCGUCGGACUGCCCUUUAUGGCUUCGAUCCACCUAGCAGGAAAGAGCGUAAUGGUUUCUGUGGUGGUUUCUUCGCCAAUCCCAAGAAAACUUCUUUGGUGGCUUCUGCCCCUGAAGUUGCCUCUCAAGACAGCCAAUCAAUUGAACUGGUAGACAUGGAGGAGGAAGAAAUGAGUCUUGCUCUUAUUCCUAAAACGUUUGGAAACUCAAGCUUCCUUGUUGACUCAAUCCGUGUGGCAGAAUUCCAAGGUCGGCCCCUUGCUGAUCAUCCAUCCAUUAAACAUGGACGUCCGCCGGGUGCUCUGACUCUUCCUCGGGAGCCUCUUGAUGCAUCAACAGUUGCGGAGGCAAUCAGUGUAAUCUCAUGCUGGUAUGAGGAUAAGACUGAAUGGGGCCAACGAGUUGGGUGGAUCUAUGGAUCUGUAACUGAAGAUGUGGUCACAGGCUAUAGGAUGCACAACCGCGGAUGGAGAUCUAUUAUUGUGUAA